CUUUCUAUAUAUAGAGGGUCAUAAAAUUUUCCAUUGUACCAAACAACAGCACAAGCAACAUGGGCUCUCUCCCGCAUGUCGUUGAAGACUGCUUCGGCCUUCUCCAGCUCUACAGCGACGGCACCAUUUAUCGGAAGCCCGACGUCCCAUGCGCCACUUCGAUUCUCGACGACGAUUCGGUCCUUUACAAGGACCUACUUUUCGACUCGAAGCGAAACCUUUGUCUUCGUAUAUAUAAACCGUCUUCUGGUUCCAUUAAAAAUCUUCCUAUUAUAUUCUAUUUGCACGGCGGCGGUUUCUGUUUCGGUUCUUUCACGUUCCCACAUUUUCAUAACUUUUGUGUUCGUAUAACGACCGCGUUAAACGCGGUUGUUAUUGCACCGGAUCACCGGCUGGCCCCGGAGCACCAGUUGCCCGCAGCUUUUGAUGAUGCAUGUUUAGCCAUGAAGUGGCUAAAGGAACAAGCCAUGCAUGAGAAUGUUGAGAACGUGGAUCCAUGGUUGACCGGAGUGGACUUCGACCGGGUCUUUGUUUUGGGUGACUCAUCGGGCGGCAACUUGGCUCAUCAUUUGGCGGUUAGGUUCGAGGCUGGUUCGAUGGAAUUGGCGCCGGUUAGGGUUCGAGGGUAUGUGCUGGUGGCUCCAUUUUUUGGUGGGAGUGUGAGAACAAAGAGCGAACAAGAGCAUCCUUGUGAGGCAUUUUGGAACUUGGAGAUGUACGACAGGUUUUGGAGACUAUCAAUCCCUGUGGGAAGUACAUUUGAUGACCCCUUGGUGAACCCUAUAGGACCUUAUAGCCAAAGCCUUGAAAAUGUGCCAUUGGAUCCGAUCAUGGUGGUGGUGGGUGGGGGUGAAAUAUUGAGAGACAGGCUUGAAGACUAUGCUACAAGGCUUAAAGAAUUAGGCAAAAAGAUUGAAUUUUUGGAGUUUGAAGGCCAACAACAUAGUUUUUUCACUGACCAUCCCUUUUCUGAAGUGGCAGAUGAAGUUAUACAACAUAUAAGAGACUUCAUCAUAUACAACUCCAAUUGAAAGCUUUUAUAU